UCAAUUUUCUGAAAACUGGGUACUGAGUAGAUAGGCUGUGUAAUUCUGAGGUAGCGAUCUGUCCACCUGUCUGUCGUUUUAGUUUAAAAGAAGACAUAGGUUGAUACAAUAAUUUACACUAUAGGACGCCUGAGCACCGGAGCACAGGGAAUAAAUAUGAGCCCCCAGACUCUCGUCCAAGAACCACUCACAGAUUUCUAUUUUGUACCAAGACGAAAUGGGUGUGACAAACACCUGUCUACUGGCUGCAGGGAGUAAUGUAGCAAUUUUAUCUUUUUGGCUUUUUCGCAAAACCGCUGCCCCCCCAUCCCCCUUCACACAGAAAAAAACCUUGAAAUGUAUGACCAAGCAAUCUUUCCAUUAAGUAAUACUGUAAGGGUAAAUAAGAAACGUUUCGGGUAGGCUUGUCAGGAAUAAAAUUUUAAUUCAAAUUGUACUGUAGACAUCCCUGGUGUUGAACUUUUUCUCAUUCUUUCCAUCAGUGCUCGCGGAAAACUUUUUGUAAAAUGACACAAAAUGCUUACUGUGCUGUGUAACUAACAGUCUGUGGCACCUGAUGAUUUACGCAAAGAUUGGGAUACGGACUUAAUGAUAUUCCUGGAAUCUUAUCCACCGUCACUAUUAGAAUUUAAGAGCUUUGUUGAUAUUUCAGUAACCAAAUCGAAAGUGACAAUCCCUUCAAAUCGUCCUGCUAAUUUUCUUUGAUCUGUUUUCUUAGUAGUAGCUUGCACUACUUCAAGAAUUGGUGUUCUAUUUAUUUCUUUCCUUAUUUCAAAGUUUUCGUCAUUUGUCUUUUCAAAAUGUCUUCUGAUCAUCUAUAUCUUGCAUAUGGCUGGUACAUGGGUACUUUAACAAUCUGCUUCAGACAAUGAUUUUGUUCAUUUUUAUAUUUCUGAAGAUAAAGUCUAUAAAAUAUGAUUUAUAGGUCUCUCCACAGGACUCUUUCUUGUGUAUCACCAAAGGAAACUAAUUUAAAAAAUAACAUGUAGCUCUGUCCAUCAAUGCCGUCUCCACUUUGCACUGCAGAUCAAGUGACGUCACAGAAAGAUGGAUUUCCGUCGCAGUUUAAGGCAGGUUCGGGAGUACAAUAUGGAGCCCACAGAAGAGGGCAGUGGUGGGGGAGCCAAACAUCUUCUUGUAGGGGCCAGUGUCUGGGAGGAUUGUAUCUACACGACUGUGAGCUGGAACCUAUGGUGCCCAUCUACCUGCUGGUCGAGGGAAGCGCCGGGUUCUUCCUCAGCUGUAACUCUUGUGGAAGCAACGACGAGUCCGGCCAGCUCAAGAUGGGCUUUUGCGUCAUUUUCAGGCUCCUUCAGGCCGCCUUCCAGAUAGCCUGGCUUAUUGCUGG